GCAGCCGGGGAGCUGCUAGGUUCCCUUUCUUUCUGCCUUCCCCCCUCCUUUUCCAAAUCCUAUUCCUCCCCUCGUGGCUCUACAUCAUAGUUUCCAUGACAACCCCUCAAACUAACACGCUCCCCCUCAGGUUGCUGCGAGUAGCUGGGUUAGUCAGUUAAAUGUAUCAUUCUUUUAUGUACUUCGCAGAAAUGCACCGGGAUUUCCAUGGUUACGGCAAGUCCUAGCUCUCCUCUACUUAUUAAAGCAUGCAAUGUCUCCAUAAGGUGUGUCAAGCUGCCCCGCAUGUACUUUGAUGGGGGAACACCUGUCCUGCAAGAAGGACCAAGGAAAAACUGUUUUUGUGAAACCAUCUUUUCAUCUCUGUGAGCUGCCACCCCGUGAUGUGAUGCGACUGCUCUGAAGUGCACACAGUCAGAACCCUCUCACAGAGCAUGCCUCUGAGUCCGGCAGCCAGCAAACAUGAUCCAUCCGACCGGCAGCGGCAGGAGGAGGUGCAGCAGGAGUCGCAGCAGCAGUGCGCAGCCAACGGCGACCGGGGGGACUCGGACAGCUCCAGGGAAGACUCUGUGUAUGACACCAUCAGCACCACCGCCGAGACCCCCCUCUCCGGUGCCAUGGAUGAGCCCCAGGUCAAUUCCGUUGUCAUUCGCAUAGGGAUCCCAGAUCUGCAGCAAACUAAAUGCAUGAAGUUGAACACGGAGGCCCCCAUCUGGUCCUCCAAGCAGCGCAUCCUGUGUACUCUGAAUCAGAGCCUGAAGGACGUGUUGAACUACGGGCUCUUCUUACCCGCCUACAACGGCAAAGCGGGCAAGUUCCUGGACGAGGAACGGCUUUUGAAGGAGUACCCCCUCCCCACCAUAACCCCUUUGCCCUACUUGGAGUUCCGCUACAAGCGCCGCGUGUACACCCAGAGCCACCUGGAUGACAAGCAGCUGGCCAGACUCCAUACAAAGGCUAACCUGAAGAAAUUCAUGGAGUAUGUUCAGCAGAGGAACGUUGAAAAAGUUGCCAAGUUCCUGGAGAAAGGGCUUGACCCCAACUUCCACGACCCAGAGACAGGAGAAUGCCCACUGACUAUGGCAGCCCAGCUGGAGGGCUGUGCGGACCUCAUCAAGGUGCUGAAGAACGGUGGUGCCCACCUGGACUUCAGGACCAAGGAUGGAAUAACAGCCCUUCACAGGGCAGUGCGCAGCAAGAACCACACAGCCCUCAUCACUCUGCUGGACCUGGGUGCGUCCCCCGACUACAAGGACAGCAGGGGACUGAGCCCCCUGUACCACAGCUCUAUGGUGGGGGGGGACCCGUACUGCUGCGAGCUGCUCCUCCACGACCACGCGCAGCUGGGCUGCAUGGAUGAGAAUGGCUGGCAGGAGAUCCACCAGGCCUGUCGUCACGGCCACGUGCAGCACCUGGAGCAUCUCCUGUUCUAUGGGGCGGACAUGAGCGCGCAGAACGCUUCGGGGAACACGGCACUCCACGUCUGUGCCCUCUACAACCAGGAUAGCUGUGCAAGGGUCCUUCUCUUUCGGGGGGCUAAUAAAGAAAUUAAGAACUACAACAGUCAAACGGCAUUCCAGGUUGCCAUAAUAGCUGGGAAUUUUGAUCUGGCUGAAAUUAUCAAGAUUCACAAACCGUCAGAUGUUGUGCCUUUCAGGGAAACCCCGUCCUACACCAACCGGCGGCGGGUCACGGGCAGCGGUACUCUCACAUCCCCGCGUUCCCUUCUGCGCUCCGCCAGCGACAACAACCUGAAUGCAGAAGGCCGGCCUUCCUGCUCACCGGCACCCUCUCUGCGCAGCCUGCCCCCGCUGGCCGCCCAGCCCCCCGCCGAGGUGGCCGACAGCAGCCUGCAGAGCACGGGCAGCUCGCGCAGCUCACACACCCGCUCGCCUUCGCUGCAGUGUGUCCAGGAGGAAGCCGACAAGCUGAGCCUGCGGCGGCACACCCGCGGUCGCCUCAGCCCCAGCACGGUGCAGCGUGAACCCAGCCCCCCACCGCCAUCGCCAGCCCUCUCAGGCCCUCGUGGGCCAAAGCGGAAACUCUACAGCGCAGUCCCCGGGCGCACCUUCAUUGUAGUGAAGCCUUACACCCCCCAGGGGGAGGGUGAGAUCCAGCUGAACCGCGGCGAAAGAGUAAAGGUCCUGAGCAUCGGCGAGGGAGGAUUCUGGGAAGGCACGGUAAAAGGACGGACUGGCUGGUUCCCCGCAGAAUGCGUGGAGGAGGUGCAGAUGAGGCAGUACGAUCCACGGCUAGAGACCCGGGAGGACCGGACCAAGAGGCUGUUCCGACACUAUACCGUUGGCUCCUAUGACAACUUCUCCUCGUACAGCGACUACAUCAUAGAGGAGAAGAAUGCAGUCCUGCAAAAGAAGGAGAAUGAAGGCUUUGGAUUUGUACUGCGAGGUGCCAAAGCUGAGACGCCCAUCGAGGAGUUCACACCUACGCCGGCCUUCCCGGCACUGCAGUACCUGGAGUCGGUGGAUGUGGAAGGUGUGGCCUGGAGGGCGGGGCUUCGGACGGGAGACUUCCUCAUUGAGGUGAAUGGAGUCAACGUGGUCAAGGUGGGGCACAAGCAGGUGGUUUCCCUCAUCCGCCAGGGGGGCAAUCACCUCCUCAUGAAGGUGGUAUCUGUGACCCGCAAGCCAGAGUCGGAGGAGGUAGUUCGCAAGAAAGCCCCACCACCACCCAAGAGGGCCCCCAGCACCACGCUGACGCUGCGUUCCAAGUCUAUGACGGCUGAGCUGGAGGAGCUGGCAUCUGCAAGGAGAAGAAGAGGCGAAAGGCUGGACGAAAUGCUGGCCACCCAGGACGGAGGGCUGCGGACGCAGGCAACAGAGACAGACUACAGAGCUGCCACGGUGAAGCAGCGGCCCACGAGCAGGAGGAUCACACCAGCAGAGAUUAGCUCAUUGUUUGAACGACAGGGAAUGGCUGUGCAUGGUGCCCUCUCCCCAGGCGUGGAGAAAGCGCAUAUUCCCCUGCCAAAAGGAAUGUCCCGAACCAAGUCCUUCGGGGCGUCUGAAGAGGAUCGAUUAUCGGCUUUGGCAGCGGAGCAUCGUUUUCCAAGGAGCUCGUCUAUGACUGAUAGCCUCAGAGAUAGUCACAGUAUUCCUCCCCCACCUCAGACUGCCCCUCCUCCACCUCCAUCGCCCUAUUACCUGGACACUGGUCCACCCCCAGCCUUCUGCCCUCCUCCUCCCCCUGGACGAGCUCACGAUCAAAGUCGCUCUAGCUUUAAGCCAGGCACUGAGGCUAAGGUCCAUGGAAUGACGCAGGUGGUCCCCUCAGCUGAGCUGUAUGAACCUCCCCGCUCUUCUACCCAUGCAGAGCGGCAGAAGAAGGCCCGCUCCAUGAUCAUCCUUCAGGACUCCACGCACCUGCCCGUGGAGCCCACUGAAAUCCCCCGCCCGGGGCCUUCCUCCACCCCUCCGGAAAAGAUCAAAAGGAAAGGGAGGGUGAUUGACAACCCAUAUGCCAAUGUGGGCCAGUUCAGCAUAGGUCUGUACACCCCCACCAAGCCCCAACGCAAAAAGAGCCCCCUGGUUAAGCAGCUGCAAGUAGAGGAUGCGCAAGAACGGGCGUCCUUAGCACUUGCAUCUGCUCAUGCCAGGGAGCACUCUCCUACAGGCAGAAUCCCCCAUACAAGUAGGGCUGAGUACUACCAGCAGCAGCUCAUGCAGGAAAGGGCUCGAGCCAUGGGGGAGGGCCAGCAAGGGAAAGGCCCCUUUGCAGCUGCUAUUGCAGGGGCUGUAAAAGACCGAGAAAAGCGUCUGGAAGAAAGGAGGAAAUCUACAGUCUUCCUAUCUGUAGGUACUGUCGAAGGUAGCACUUCACCCCCUGAGUAUCCAUCUCUGACCCAGUCCCGGUCGGUUGAUGAAAGGCUGCUCAGCAGAGAGCUGGGCCAGUUGCCUCCCCCAGCAGUCGCACUCAGACCUUCGCCGAGCACGACCACUUUCAUCCAUCCUUUGACUGGGAAGCCCCUGGACCCCAACUCCCCUCUGGCACUUGCGCUGGCCGCAAGGGAGCGCGCUCUGACAUCUCAGAGCCAGUCGCCUGCCAGCAGCCCAGAGCCCAGGACUAAACAUGAAAAAACAGGGCCCUUGUUUGUGGAUACUGACACCAAAGAGGCAGAUCGAUCAGAAGCAGAAGGAGACUUAGUAUCACCUCCGUUUUCUCCAGGAGAUAAAGGAGGUUACGCACCCCCCUCUGGCACAACAAGCCCCAUAAAAAACCAAUGGGAAACUCCACCGACACUUCACAAAGAAAUUGAGACAAAAGUUGAAGACAGGAAGCAAGAGGACAAGAAGAGUAUGAUCAUCAGCAUUGUGGAUACAUCUCAGCAGAAGACAGCUGGUCUCAUCAUGGUUCAUGCAACAAGCAAUGGACAAGACGUAGGGCUUGGCUUAGAAGAACCCUCUUUAUCGCCAAAAGCCGCACUUCCUGAGCCUUCCAAGCCUACCUUGGCCGAAAUUAAACGAGCCCAAUCCCCAAGUCCUGAUGCCGCGGCCACCCAACCAUCAGCCAGUCCAACACAGGAGAAGACUCUGGCUCAGGGUAGCUCUGAGGAGGAUGUGGAGCCUUACACUGUUACUCUCCCACCUGCCCUGCUGUCCUCCAGCGAUGAAGAAACCCGGGAAGAGCUUAGAAAGAUCGGAGUGGUUCCUCCACCUGAUGAAUUUGCCAAUGGCCUGCUGCCAAAGGCGGGGGAAACACCCUCACCACAGCCGGCCAAGUUAGCUGCGCCUUCCUCCCCAGCCCAAGCAGCCAGUCCAGCAGCAGCACAACCCCCUGCUAGUGGAACACCCUCAGGGAAGCAUUCAGACACCCACUUGGUGCCCGAGUCUGCAGCCGACUCCGGGGUGGAGGAGGUGGACACGCGUAGCUCCAGUGACCACCACCUGGAGACAACGAGCACCAUCUCCACAGUCUCCAGCAUGUCCACCCUCUCAUCAGAGAGCGGCGAGCCCACCGACACCUACACCUCCUACGCCGACGGGCAGACUUUUAUACUCGACAAGCCGCCAGUGCCUCCGAAGCCAAAACUCAAGUCCCAGCUCAGCAAGGGACCAGUGACCUUCAGGGACCCUCUAUUGAAGCAGUCCUCGGAUAGCGAGCUUCUCUCCCAACAACAUGCGGCUGCGCUGGCUGCGGCCGCCGGCACCGGCCGACCCCGCUACCUCUUCCAGAGAAGGUCCAAGCUUUGGGGGGAUCCCGUGGAGACACGGCCGCUACCCAGCCCUGAGGAUGGCAAGCCCACUGUGAUCGGUGAACUGAGUUCCAGGCUUCAGCAGCUAAACAAAGACACACGUUCACUAGGGGAGGAGCCUCUUGGAGCUGGCCUUGAUCCUGGGAGAAAGUCACCUGUGGCAGGUGCCAGACUUUUCAGUAGUUUAGGGGAGCUACACACCAUCUCGCAGCGGAGUUACGGCACCACCUACACCAUCAGGCCGGGCAGCCGGUACCCUGUGACUCGCCGGACGCCAAGCCCGGGCAAGAGCUCCGGAGGAGUCUCCCCCGACAGGACAGACCCUCUGGGGCGGAGUUACGGCCUAGCCACCUCCCCCACAACCCCACCUACCAUCCUCAAGUCGUCCAGCCUGAGCAUCCCGCACGAGCCCAAGGAGGUGCGCUUCGUGAUGCGCAGCUCCAGCGCUCGUAGCCGCUCGCCCUCGCCGGCGCCCUCGCCCACUCUGGGCUCGCCGCUGCUCACCCUGCGGCCCUUCCACCAGAAGCCGCUGCACAUGUGGAACAAGUACGACGUGGGCGACUGGCUGGAGAGCAUCAACUUGGGCGAACACCGGGACCGCUUCCAGGACCACGAGAUCGAGGGCUCCCACCUUCCAGCCCUGACCAAGGACGACUUCGCCGAGCUGGGCGUGACGCGGGUGGGCCACCGCAUGAACAUCGAGCGCGCUCUAAAGCAGCUGCUAGAGAGCUGACCCCCCACGUAAGCCCCUUCUAGCCCCACCAUGAUUUCUACACAUUUGCUACUCUUGAAAUUAAGUUAUUACGUUUUUACUUUAGUCACUGCAUUGCACUGAACGGGAAUGGAUGAGCAAACCCCACCCACCACAAUGGUUCUGCCCUUGGCCCCUCCCAGCCAGUACAUCCAGCAGCAAAUCCAUCUCUCUGAAGCGAUGUCGUACGAGUGCCACUUAGGAAAGUUUCAUCUCCGAACGCUCCUCACGCUUUCCAGUUUCCCCGCCCCCUCCAUGGAAUGGCUCCGCCCCUCACUCCGCCCCCCUGCGCUCUCAGUGUUUUUGCCUCUCAAGAUUUUCCCCACUUGAACUCCAUGGAAGAAUCUUGUUCUAAAAGGAAAAAUUCAGCUGCCUUUUAGAAUAUUUUUUAACGACCAGCUGGAAAGAACAGGAUAAAAGAUGUUUCCUCAGUGAGGGAAUUUCAGCUGCCUCACGUGUUUGGAGUUUUUAAUAUAUCGCAUUUUACAUUGUUCCAGGUUAGGCAGUAAAAUCACGCGGUUGCAUUGAAAGAGCAUUUGUAAUCCUCAGAUCUUUUUAUUGACUGUGGGUGUCUGUACUGUUAAAACAAUGUUUAACCAACGCUGGAGGAUUUUUUUUUUUAUUAUUAUUUUUUUAUUAUUUGGUUUUGCUCUGAGAAGCAUCGUUUUACAGUUGAAAUUAUAGAUUUGGCGUACCAUACCUAUCUAUGUGGCAAGUGAGAAGCAAAAAUCUAGAAAUACUAAAUAUUUAAGCAACUUUGUGUCCUUCUGUUAGUUUGAGAACAUACAAGUUAUUCCACCAACAAUAAUCAUUUUUCCCAGUUAUAUAAAGUAUGAAUAUUAUAUAUCUAGUAUAUUUACCCACCAUAGAUAGAUAUAUAUAUAUAUAUAGUUUUGCUAUGCUUUUACCAAACUUCUAUAGUUAUAUAUAGCAUUAUAUAAAAAUGCUGUUUGGAGGUAAUGGUCCUGAGGGUGGCCUUUGUUUUUGUUCGUUGCGGGUUGUGAAAUACGGUCUUCCACCAUGGAGGGCAGCCCCACCUAGAGCCGUAUGUGCGGUUUAUGAUGAACCCCGCCCCCUUUUCCCAUCAUUCGCACCCGGGCAUGGCUGCAUCACUGGUUCCGUUCUUGCUCCAUAUGUACCCAUUUCCUCCUUGGUGAUACCUCUUCCAAGAGGCUCCCGAUCCUAGCUCUGGCUUCCUCCCGCUUCCGCCAAGGUACCGCUUUCCUUCCCUGAGUGACAGGUGUAAAUUUAAGGUACAGAGCCAUCAUGAGGUCUAAACCCCUCCAGCCAAUCAGCUUCGUUUACAUAUGCUUGUGCAUCGAUCAUGUCGAAGAAGACCGAUAGGACUACAAGCUCCAGUUGUCCCCCAGGCGAAGGUCUCCGCCGCGGGGGAAGGCCACGGCACGCUGGGACAUGGGUGUGGGCGUGGCCACGCACAGAGUGCGCUGCUGAUUGGUUACUCCACGCAUCACAUGGCAAUAAAGGGGCGGGGGGCUGAUGAAGCUGCUUUCUUCUCCCAGUGAAAAGACGUUUAUCUGCAGGAAAAGGACAGAGUCGUGACGUCAUCUGUCAGGAUCCAUAGGAGUGAAAAGAAAUCCUCAGAAACUAAACGUUAAACGUCAAUACGAAAUCUGCAAUUGUAACAGAUCGUCGCUGAGGGUUUCUCGGAGACGAUUCGAAUGAUUUUAGACUCCCGUGUUUGCUAAGCGAUUUGGGUAUUUAAUUUCCUUUCUGUUCUCUCAUCGGUGGGUUUUGUAGCUUGUGGAAAAUGAUGCUUAGAGGUUAAACUUUUGUAUCCAUUUAAGUCUGAAAUUUCUGAGUGAAAUUUAGGCUUGGUA